CCGGCGGCGGGCUGCGGGCGAGUCUCCUGCUGUGCGCGCUGCUGCUGCCGCCGCCGCCGGGGUGGGCUCCUUCAUGGAGAGGAGGGGCAGAGAGCAGGGCGACCCGCAGUCUCGCAGCGGCGGCGGCCCCCGGGGGCCGGUGCUGCACAUCGUGGUGGUCGGCUUCCACCACAAGAAAGGCUGCCAGGUUGAGUUCUCCUAUCCUCCCCUAAUCCUGGGAGAAAGCCAUGACAGCCACAGACUGCCGGAGGAGUGGAAGUAUUUACCUUUCCUUGCACUGCCAGAUGGCGCUCACAAUUAUCAAGAAGAUACUGUUUUUUUCCACUUGCCACCAAGAUGUGGGGAUCAAAGCACCGUGUAUGGCGUCUCCUGCUACAGGCAGAUUGAAGCCAAGGCAUUGAAAGUGCGGCAGGCAGAUAUUACCAGAGAAACUGUACAGAAAAGUGUCUGUGUUUUAAGUCAGCUGCCUCUGUAUGGGCUACUCCAGGCAAAGCUGCAGCUCAUUACACAUGCCUAUUUUGAAGAAAAGGACUUCUCACAAAUUUCAAUUCUCAAGGAGCUUUAUGAGCAUAUGAACAGCUCAUUGGGAGGAAGCCCACUGGAAGGUUCACAAGUUUACCUUGGUUUGUCUCCACGAGAUCUUGUCCUUCAUUUCAAACACAAGGUCUUAAUUCUUUUUAAGUUGAUUCUUCUAGAGAAAAAGGUAUUGUUUUAUAUCUCGCCAGUGAAUAGGUUGGUGGGAGCACUACUGACUGUGUUAUCACUCUUUCCUGGUAUGAUAGACCAUGGUCUUACUGACUGUUCACAUUACCGGCCGAGAAAGAGUGUAUCUGAUGACACCGUCCACCAAGGAAUUGAUCUCCCUUCAGAGGAUUACCUUCCAUUCUCUGCUGUAGAAGUCUCUGGUACAAACCUAGGAAAGGUCGAGGAAAGCCAGACUUUGUUUGAAAACCGAGAACUGGCCGCUCAGAAGGCAGAUACUCCGGGAUCUGAGACUGAGAGUAACGCCUAUAAAACACAAGCUUCCAAUGACACAGGGCAGCACUUAAAACCUCCUUCCCACACUUCUCCGGAGUCCUCGGAGAGCGACUGGGAAACUUUAGAUCCGAAUGUCCUAGAAGACCCCAACUCGAAAGGAGGAGAAUGUGAACCUUCAGGGCAGCCUGAAAUCCUUCCAAAGGAAUUGGUGGUCUCUGAAAGCAUUCCAAUCACUGUACAGCCUCAACCAAAGGCAGGGCACACAGUGUUUGUUCCUGGACUCAUAUCUGGUUUAGAAGAGGACCAGUACGGCAUGCCUUUAGCUGUCUUCACCAAGGGAUAUCUUUGUUUGCCCUACAUGGCGCUGCAGCAACACCACCUCCUCUCUGAUGUAACCAUUCGUGGUUUCGUUGCAGGAGCCACCAACAUCCUCUUCCGCCAGCAGAAGCAUCUAAGUGAUGCCAUUGUAGAGAUUGAAGAAGCUCUUGUCCAAAUCCAUGACCCAGAGCUCAGGAAGGUUCUGAAUCCCACGACGGCUGACCUGAGGUUUGCAGACUACCUGGUGAAGCACGUAACAGAGAACAGGGAUGAUGUAUUCCUGGAUGGCACUGGCUGGGAAGGAGGAGAUGAGUGGAUCCGGGCUCAGUUUAGCUUGUAUCUCCAUGCACUACUGGCUGCUACGCUUCAGCCAGACAAUGAAAAAAUACUGUCAGACUUCGGAACAGCCUUUGUAGCAGCUUGGAAGAAUACACACAAUUACAGAGUGUGGAACAGCAAUAAACACCCAGCUCUUGCGGAGGUAAAUCCUAGUCACCCAUUCCAAGGCCAAUAUUCAGUUUCAGAUGUUAAAUUAAGAUUAUCACAUUCUGUUCAGAAUAGCGAACGUGGCAAGAAAAUUGGCAAUGCCAUGGUUACUACCAGUCGGAAUGUUGUACAGACAGGAAAAGCUGUAGGACAGUCAGUUGGAGGGGCCUUCACAAGUGCAAAGUCAGCCAUGUCCUCCUGGCUUUCUGCUCUCACCCAGUCACCCCAGGGCCUUGGAGAGUAGCUGGAAUGGAGUGGACCGCAGUGGCUUGUGGGGUUGUUUUGGUUUUUGUUUAGCAAAGCUGUCUGCUUUUAGAAAAACAAACCCACAGAUAGUUUGAAGCAUCAUGAAGAUGAAGAAUGGCCUUUCAAACUAUUUCACAGGAUGUCAAUUGCAUUUAACACCUCUUUGUGUUUAAAUUUGAGCCUUCGUAGAGACAGUAGCAAACAAGCCUUCACGUAGGACAGGCUUUGUUUUCUGACGUAUGCUGUUCUGUGGAUGGUGAAGAUGUUUUAUGUAAAUCUUGCUGUAUUUUAAAAUCCAUCUCUCUAGAUGCCUUUUUUCUUUUUCGCAUCAGCUGAACCAUAUUUCAGACUGGAAUACAGAACUCACCUGCAAAGCCAGCAUUCCAACAGCAAGCUUAAACCCCCUCCACUCCCAAGCCUAUAUGGAGAAAUGAGUUCAUUCCAUUUCAGUGAAACGUAUUUCCAUACACCCAUGCACGGCCAGUAACACUUUCCGCACCAUUUAAGUUUUAAUUUAGAAUGGUCUAAAAAGCUGGCUGAAAUACCUAGCUUUCAUAUUCUAAGAGUUGGUUCUUGGAGAAACCAGUUUUGCUGAUUUAAAAAUCCCCAUUUUGUUAAUGAUGUGUAUAUAUGAUCUUAGCUCUUUUGUCUGAUAACUGGGGAAACUUUAAUUUUAUGUUCCUUUUCCCUUCUGCUGUGUUUCUCCAGUAGGUGUUGAGAGCCUUUCACCAGUGAAAAACUGAGUACCUACCUCUCUAGUAAAAUUACCCUCUGCAGGGGAGAGUCAGAAAUGCUGCUGCUUCCUUUGUUCCUAGCUGCUAUAGAAUUCCUUAUUAGUUCAGUGUGUGAACUAGCUGGAGACAGAAGCAUAUGCAAGAUCACCUGUGUGCUAAAUGAACUUAGCUUGGGGCAAACAUAGCAUGAUUACAGCAUGGCUGAGAUUUAUCCAAAGAGUAAAGAAUUCCAAAGCUGCACACCUGUCCCUUUUUUAAAAAAAUAAAAUAAAAAUUGCAGAUGAAAUGUU